AUGAUGUUCGCACCGUCGCUCGGUAACACCCAACGCGAUUCGCGCUUCGGCGCAUCGUCCAUCGACGCUACCGAGCGAACGGUGCGAGAGUAUAAGGACGAAUUGUCAAUCCUCUCGUGGUCGCACGAUCGCGGAUUCGAGACGCACAGAGGAUCGUGGAGGCAGGAGGCGCGAAGCGCCGACGCGAACGAGACGCCGGACGCGCCGGCGAAGGACGAGCGCGACGUGUCGAAUCGUCAACGAGGGGCGGCAACGCUGAUGGCGCAAACGAUCGCAAAGUACAUGCCUGGUCGAUUAUCGGAGACGUCGGCGCCGUUCGAGUUGUUGUACUCGACGUGGGACAUGCCGUCGACGCCGUGCUUGGACGCCGAGUACGCGCAGAAGUUGUGCGAGUUUGAUCGAUGGGUACCUAUAUUUAACUUUGGGAGCUCGUUCAAGGAUCAAACCGUGCUGCCGACAAUGGUGCCAGCCACGCUCGGCGCGCUUCGUAGUUGUUUCAUCGAGGGUUUGAAUCCGCAUUUAGGCUUUAGCGCGGACGACGAGCCACAGUGCGACUUUUUACGCUUCCCGACGACAAAGUAUUCCGAGCAAGGAAAGUGCGACGCCAAGCUCGCUCAGUGUCGGUAUCACGGAUUGUUUUCGCUCAAUGCCGUGGAUGAUAAGUCGAUGUACGAGUGGGAUAAUCUCAAACCGCAGGUGGAAUGGCGCGGGAGCGACUAUUCGUUUCUCGCGCCCCGGGUACCGGGGCACAAGCCUGACGCGAAUGAGUUUUUGAGCGAAAUCGCGUCUUCAGCCAAUGUUUCGCAGGCCUUACACGAUAUGGCGUUUUCCACCGAUAUUGGACCACGUCUCAGGGCGGUACUGUUUUCAAAGUUGUACCCCGAGCUCAUCGACGCCAAGUUUUUCAACUGGAAAAAUCAGUCGAGCGCGCGCGACAAGAUGGCCGCCGAACUCGGUAUUGACGCCACGGAACGCUUAACUGAAGAGGCGCUGGGCAAAUACAAGUAUCAUCUCGACCUCGGCGGUGGUGGAGGGACGACGUGGAGCGGACUGAUUCCCAAACUCACCAUGCCGGGCGUGCUGUUGCACCACGAGACGUCGAUGAAGGAUUCGUACUUUGACACUCUGAAGCCGUGGGUGCACUACGUGCCCGUCGCAGAAGACCUACACGACGUUUUUGAGAAGAUUUCUUGGUGCGAAACGCACCCCGAGGAAGCACGAAAUAUCAGCGCCAACGCCAACGACUGGGUUCGCGACUUCCGAGGCUUGAAAUCGCUGCUUCGUCACAACUAUCAAGCCCUGGCGAUUCCCUUGGCGAAAACGCUCGAUCCCUCUGGCGAGACGCUGCUAGACUUUGAAGCCGCGCACGUGGCCGCGCGCGCCGAGCGCCUGGCCGCGCGCGCCGCAAAACUCGCCAUCAAAGCGUCCAGAGACGCCGCCAAAGCCGCGAAGGCCACCAACGUUUCCGAUUAACCCCCGUUCCGCGCUGUAUCAACAGUAUCAACACCAUCCGUCCA